UCAAGUAGUCGCGGUUAAUUAACUAAUUAAAUUCACAUUUAAGUACAAAUACUUAAUUAUUGAAGUAUUUGUACUCCGUGCAGCCUCAGAGGCGGACUCUGGCUCCACGGGCUCCUCUCCUCUCCUCUCCUCUUCUAGUGCAGCUUCCAGCCUCCAGCCUCCAGCUCCUCCUCUGAUGCAUCGUUUGCAUCAGUACUUCGGAACACUUGUGUGCGUGCUGCCGCACCUCCCGACAGCGCAUUCACUGGCUCCACUUCAGCAGGUGAUGACGGACGGACGCGCCACUGUAAAAAUGAUGUGUUUUUAACACGCCCGAACUAAGGGAAUUCACGGAGAAUGGAGAUGCGCCUCGGUCACUGCCUCACGGUCGUUUUCCACGAGUGGAUCUGGAUCUUCAGCCUAACUUCCAUCCUGAGCGGAGCCAAGGCGGAGGUGAGGUGCAUCCCCUCAUGCCAGCUGCCGCUCGGAGCAGCAUCUCCCGGGAAACUCUCUGCGCUGGACCUGGAUCAUUUUGGAGAGGCACCAGAGGAACAGGAGUUCGCUGGAUAUAACGAGGAGUUCCCGGGCGCCGAACCCACAGCCGUCGGCGACGGACAGCACGACGCAGCGGAAUUUAGUGAGAGCGAAGAAAGUUAUUUCAAAGUGCAGCCUUGGUCGCGGGGAAACGAAACAAGUGUCGGUGAAAAUGAGGCUUCGAACGAGCCACAGAAACUUUUCCACACUGGAGGUUUGCCAGACGCGUCUUUGCACCCGAACCAGACCCAGAAACGCAGCGACCAGGCAAAUGUGGAGCAGAUUAUAAACGGAGAGGACGAGGAUGGAACAAGUUGGAGACGAACGCGGAGGGGCGCAGAGACUUGGCCCGGUUAUAGACCCGGAGGAGAGGAUGAGGUUUCGUUUUUGGAGCCGGAAGAGUUUCAGCUCACGAGCUCCACGUUCGCCCUCAGCGGGGACACGGCUCACAACCAGGCGAUGGUGCACUGGUCCGGCCAGAACAGCAGCGUGAUCCUCAUGCUGACAAAAUACUACGACUUCAACAGCGGAAGAGUAACAGAGAGUUCUUUGUGGAGGUCAACUGAUUAUGGAACCACCUAUGAGAAACUUAAUGAGAAAGUCGGCACCAAGACCAUCCUGAGCUACUUGUACGUGAGUCCCAACAACAAGAGGAAGAUCAUGUUACUGACCGACCCGGAGGUGGAGAGCAGCCUGCUCAUUAGCCUCGACGAGGGGGCGUCCUAUCAGAAACACAGCCUGGGCUUUGAUAUCCUCAGCCUCCUGUUCCACCCCGAGCAGGAGGACUGGAUUUUGGCGUACAGCCACGACCAAAAGCUUUACGUCUCGGUUGAGUUUGGAAAGAAGUGGCAGCUCGUGCACGACAGCGUGGUGCCCAACAGAUUCUACUGGUCCAGGCUGGGUUUAGAUAAAGAGCAAGGGAUGAUUCAUCUGGAGAUAAGUGUCUCUGAUGGACGGUCACAGUACAUAACCUGCAAACUUCAGAACUGCUCUGAUGGAAACAAGGGCAAGCCUUUCCCAGGAUUUAUCAUCCCUAAUUCCCUGGUGGUUCAGGAUGAAUACGUUUUCAUCCAGGUGCCAGUAGGCGGCCGGUCUGUUCAUUAUGUGUCGUGCAAAAGGAAUACUUUCUACCCGAUGAAGCUUCCUAAGUACACAGUGCCCAAGGACCUGCAGAUUAUCAGCACUGAUGAUAACCAGGUGGUGGCAGCGAUUCAGGACUGGCACCAGAACGACUCCUACAACCUGUACAUGUCUGAGUCCAGAGGUCUGCUCUUCACCCUGAUGCUGGAGAACGUCAUGAGCAGCGGAGGGCCCGAGGGCAACAUCAUGAUAGACCUGUAUGAGGUCGCCGGGAUUAAAGGAGUGUUCCUGUCAAAUAAAGUUAUCGAGAACCAAGUGAAAACUUAUAUCACCUACAACAAGGGGAGAGACUGGCGCCUUCUCCAGGCUCCUGCGACCGAUCUCCAUGGAAACAGAGUCUAUUGUGAGCCGCCUUUCUGCUCCUUACACCUGCAUCUCCACGUGUCCGAGAAUCCUUACACCUCGGGAAACAUCGUCAGCAAAGACACUGCUCCGGGAAUUAUAAUAGCAUCAGGUGUGGUUGGACCUGAGCUCACCAGUACCAACGUCAGUAUUUUCAUCACCUCUGAUGCUGGAAACACUUGGACAGAGGUUUUUCAGGAAGAGUACAGCGUGUUCUUUUUGAAUCAAGGAGGAUCUCUGGUGGCCAUCCGACACACGCCUCUGCCAAUUAGACACAUUUGGCUGAGUUUUGAUGAGGGCAGAAACUGGGACAAAUAUAGUUUCACCUCUUCUCCGCUCUACGUGGAUGGGGUGCUGGGGGAGCCUGGAGAGGACACCCUCAUAAUGACGAUAUUCGGUCAUUUCAGUCACCGGUCCGAGUGGCAACUCGUCAAAAUCGACUUCCGCUCCAUUUUUAAAAAACGCUGCACGUCUGAUGACUACGUGACCUGGCAGUUGCACAACGAGGGGGAAGUAUGCAUCAUGGGGAUGAAGAGAAUCUUCCAGAAACUUAAAACAAACGCUCAGUGUGUCAAGGCCAGAGAUCAGUAUAUUUCCCAGACGUCAGACUCCUGCCCCUGCACGGAGGCCGACUUUGAAUGUGACUACGGCUUUGAGAGACAUAUCGACGGGAGCUGCACGCCCGAGUUCUGGUUCAUUCCUUCGGCUUCAUCUAAAGAUUGCAUCACGGGGGACAGCUUUUUCAACACCACGGGCUAUCGGCGGGCGUGGUCCAACAACUGCACGGACGGAACACUUCUGAAGUACAGCCCCAGGCGGGAAAAGUGUCACCGACAGGCCCCCAGAGGCCUCCAGCUCUUCACCAGCGAGGGGACACUGGUAGCAACACUGGGAAAGAAUGUCACAUUCUUGGUCUUACUUGAAGAGGGCCUUGGCUCCACCACCAGUAUAACAGUGGACUUUGGCGACGGGACCACGAUAUCCUACGUUAACAUUAGCUCCAUCGAGGACGGAGUCAAACACACCUACAGCAAAGUUGGAAUCUACCAGGUCUCCGCUACGGCGAGCAACGCGCUGGGCUACGACAGGGUGAUGCUCUACCUCCACGUAUCCUGUCUUCUUGAACUGGUCCAGCUCUCCGCUCCAUCGGUGGUCGUCAGGAACAAAGCGGUGAACUUCACGGCCGCCCUGCACCCCCUGAACGUGGGGACGGUCAUUUACUACUGGUGGCUUGAUAACAAAACAGAGCCCACUGUGACCCUGGACAGCACCAUGUCUUUAACUUUCUCCAAAGAAGGAAGAUACACCGUCACUGUCCAGGCUGCGGUCGGCAACACCGUCCAUCAGGACCAGAUGACCGUAGCAGUUUAUGAUUAUUUCCGGUCCCAUGUCUUAGCCUUUUCUUCUAAUUUGGACGACUCGAACCCCGGGGUGGCGGAGUGGAGAGAAGACAUCUGCCGGGUGAUAAAGAACUCGGCGGAAUAGGCCACCAAAAUCAGCGAGGAUCAGCUCCUGGUCACGGUACUUCCAGGUUUACCAACCACAGCAGAGAUUUUCAUCGUGCCUGAGAAGCGAAGGAGAGACGGAGCGUCACAUGUGAAGUGGGCUCACCUGGAUCAGCUCUCACAGGUUCUGCUAAGUGCUCUCAACCAGGACCUCAUCCAGUUCACACUCAAACCAGGGGUGCAGGUGAAUGUAUAUGCCACGCAGCUGUCUCCAGCACCCCUGGUGGACAGCAGCGUCAGCGGCCACAACAGUACUGCGGUCAUCCUCCUGGUUUCAGGCCUUGUGAUGGGACUGGCCGUCUUCAUAAUAUACACACUGAAAAGGAACUUUCCGGCCAUCAACACCUUUGCGGCGGAGCAGCCUGACAAAGAACAGGAAGUCAUCCCCACAGUGACCUCCAUCCCUGUCCAGGGCUCUGAGGGAGACAAGAUGGCCUCCAUGGACCAUGUGGACGUACACUUGGACACCAGCAGCAGAGGCUACCUGCCAUCGCACACAGACAUCAAGCUCUCUGAUGAAGCGCCCCAUGUGUUUUAAUGUUGAGCGUCUAUGACCGACUCAAAUGCAAUACAUCUUCUUUGGCAGUUACUUCCAGCGAGCGAUGAAACGAUGGUCACAAUGAACGGUCUCAAGUGUUUCGCUACCCAUGCAUGGACGGACCAGUUCACACUGUGCUGCCUAAUCCCUCCGAGGAGACUGUACAGAUUUAUACCCCGCUUCUUUGAAAACAAAAAAACAAAAAAGGGACACUUUUUGACUGAAAAUACUUUGUAUUUUUCCAAGGAUCUGCCGAUCUGAUCUUUUUAUGUAAAUAUCGUCCUCCAUAAUGGAAACAGUGGAAGUUAUUUGUCUCGGCUGGGUUACAGCUGUGCCUGCUCAAGUAACGAUAUUACGGAACGGGCGGAACACGAGUGAUGUGUAAUAAUAUCGUGAAUUAUGAUGCUUUUUAUUCCUGCUCUCCGGGCUUGUGUUUGUGACGUUUCCUUUGUUUUUUUUUUUACUACUUGGAUGUAGCUUCUCGUCGAACAGAGGCUUGCUGAAUUCAGGAUCUGAAGUCCGUUUUAGUGCCGCUCCAAAUGCCGCACAUGUCAUAACAAACAUGAGAUGGGAAGAUUAAGGAUCCCUGUGUACAGUAGGCGAGAUCCAGAAUGAUCUGUCUUCUUUGGAGCCCUAAUUUAUUUCAGAGACACUGUAAUCACCGUGAAUCCCAAACCCACCUUUAAAACAAUAUUUCACACGGGCCUUCUGAUCUGAAUCCCACGUAUGGAUCGGCGUCGCUGCGGCAAUAUGGUAUCUGAUUUGAUUUACAGCGAAACAAAGCAGGCGGUUAUAAACCUGUACUCUGUGUUGACGUGUUGCCCCGGAGCGUUUCGUGUUCUUUUUGCUUUGCAGAAGUAGAACCGGAGUUUGAUUUAACUGCAAAAAAAAA